AAAGAUGGAUGAAACAAACAGUUUUAUGCAUGAAUACAUAUUAAUGGCAGAACUCCCACAGCCAUAUCAUGAUAUACGGGCGUUAUAUUUGGAUGCCAAUAUUAUGAAAGGUCUGUCAGUAGAUCUGAUGAAAUAUGAAGAGUUACGCCUGAUGACUUUCCAGGGAUUUCCAAGAGAAAAUAAGCCCGACAUUGUAAGCAUCGCAGUAGCUGGGUUCUACUACGGCUCAGAUGGCGAUGCAGUGACUUGCUAUUGUUGCGGUUUAACACUAAGAGAACUGACAGCACAACACAAUCCUAUGGAGAUUCAUAGUGAAAUGUCUGAACACUGUAGGUUCAUUAGUCAUAAUCAAAACGUGAAUAAAAGUUAUUUCAAACGAACUCGUUGUGAAGAAGUAAUACUUCAAACAGUUCCUUCUUGCGACAAAAAAGAACACCAGACACCAUUUAAGGAUGUGAAAGAUAUAGACGAAUGUACAGUAUACCAAGAAAUGGGAUAUCUGGAACAUCUAGAAAGAAAUCAGAUAGCUGUUUCUGCUGUGCAGCAAGGAGUGAAAGUUAAGGCAAUGUGUAACGACCUUGACACAAAGCGAGCAGACGAAUAUCUGGAGAAUAACUCAAAGAAAUGUUGUAUAGCACAGUUGGAAGAAACAAUUCAAGAACAGGGGACAGCUCGUUCCAAUAAACUAUCAAAUUCUCAACAAUUUAUUGAUUUGGGUAUCAGCCUGCGUAAACCUGUGUUAGGGACUGCUACAAUUCCAUAUUGCCCAAUAUACCUGAAAGAAAAACACAAGCAGAAGCCAUCGAUACAGAAUGAAGAAAAUUUCAUUAGUUUGCAUGAAAUACCAUGUAGUGUAAGCUUGAAUGUGCCAUCCCGCCUGGUAAAAAUAGUUACACAGAUAGGAAGAGGGACGUUUGGUAGAUGCUAUAAAGGCAUAAAUGCAGAGUCUGGUGCGAUGCUAGCAAUAAAAGAAGUACCAUCAACAUAUUACAUGCAUCUAUUGUAGGGUGCCUACAAUGGGCUUUCAAAUUCAAUGUUGCCAACAAUGUUAUUGAUGGACCUUUUGCAUUUUGUUUUGUCAUAUAAAUGUACGAAAGUGAAUUCGUUUAGUAAGGCAAGGGGGACUACGUGGUCGAGUGGUAAAGGUCGUUGGCUUCAAUCACUUGCCCCUCACCGAUGUUGAUUCGAGCCUCACUCGGGGCGUUGAAUUCUUCUUUAGAGGAAGUUAUCCAGCUGGCUUGCGGAAGGUCGAUGGUUUUACCCAGGUGUCCGCUCGUGACGGAAUUAUGCCAGAAGGGACACCCGGGGUCUUCCUUAACCAUCAAAGCUGGAAAAUCGCCAUAUGACCUAUAAAUGUGUCGGUGCGUCGUUUAACCCAACAAAAACAAACACAAUUUGUAAGACAAUCCGGUCAAUUUCUCGCCAUGUGCUAUUUAAAUUUUGGAAAGUCACAGUUAGCAAAGCAUUAUUUCAGUGAAAUUAGUUUUUGGUUCCCACAUAAGGCACAUAUUUAUGGUUUACGUAACAUCUGCGAUUACUUCAUUUUCACAUUAUAUCUACAACAAUUGUCAGCAAAUGAAAAGAUUGUUUAGAAGCAUUUAUCUAAAUAUACAUAUUAAUCUAUAUUAAAUAUCAGUCAUUUAUAAGAUACGAUCAUGUUAAACAUAACCAUCGAAUUCAUUUUUAGAUUUCUAGAAAUCCUUAACAAAGUUAGCUAUCUAGUACAAAAUUCAUACCCUU